AUGCUUUCAAGACAAUUAGUAACGAGGUGCGGCAUGGGCAUACGACCAGCACUUAUCAACCAGGUUUCCAUGGGAUGUGGAGGUGUUUGCUUCACGGGUUUACGCUGUGAGAAACGCGGGGUUUCUCAAAUUGCUGCCAACCUCGCAACUCACGCGCUUCAGGUGCCAUCAUGCUUUUCACUCAGCACACUUUUGUAUUCACCAUUGGGUACUGCCAUGCUCAUUGUGUUGGCAUAUAAUAUGGUGGUAGUUGGAACCAAACAAAUGACAUAUAUCAUGGAAAUUACAGGUAAGGAUUAUGUGCAGGAUCAGCAACUGCAUCAAAUUAUGAAGUAUGGCAUCCUGAGUUGCUUACUUCUUGCGAUGGAGGUGCUUUUUGUGGAGGUGUGA